AUGAAUGGAAGUGAUGUAGACUCAUACACUGCUCGUUUUCAUGAGCUGGAAAAACUGGUGCCACACUUGGURUCACCUGAAGAGAACCGAAUUGACCGUUAUGUCUGGGGUUUAGCUCCAGAAAUUCGGGGGAAUGUGAAUUCGGCUAAUCCAAAAACAAUUCAAGAUGCCAUGAAUUUAGCGACGAAACUUACCAACAAUGCUAUUCGGUCAGGAUCAUUUGCAAAUGAUAAAGUCAAGGGUAAGAGAAGGAUGGAGGAGCCAGGGAGGAAGAACUACAGUGAGAGGGGCGGUAAGGCCCAAAAAGUGAUAAGAAACUUUGGGGCUCAAUCACAAACAGGAGAAAAGGGCAAGGGAACUUACCCUAAGUAUGGCAAGUGCAAUUAUCACCAUAGCGGGAGAUGUAUCAUCUGUUUCAGAUGCAACAAAGGAGGUCAUUUCGCUAAAGAUUGCAGGAGCGGAGGGAGUCGAACAUGCCAUGAGUGCGGAAGCCCGGAUCACUUUUGGAAUACAUGCCCGAAAUUGAACCGAGGGCCAGUUACUAACCCAGCACGACCAGUCAACCAAGGAAAUCAAGGAGGCCAAGCACGAGGUCGAGCAUUUGAAAUUCGGGUGGAAGAAGCCAGGCAAGACUCGAAUGUGGUCACAGGUACAUUUCUUCUGAAUAAUCAUUACGCAUCCAUAUUAUUUGAUUCUGGAGCAGAUAGGAGCUUUGUAUCACUAGAAUUUAGACCAAAGAUUAGUUUAAAGUCGCAAAAGCUGAAAGAAGACUUCGUUAUCGAGUUUGCUAAUGGCCAUGAAGUUAGGACUGAAGACGUAAUCACAUAUUGUACAUUACAUUUAGCUGAACAAAACUUUAGCAUAGACCUUAUUACAUAUAGAUUAGGAAGCUUCGAUGUAGUUGUGGGUAUGGAUUGGCUAUCCAAAAAUCAAGCCGAGAUAUGUUGUUCUGAGAAGACCAUCCGAAUUAUGAAAGGAAGUGAAACGCUCGUAGUGCACAGAGAGAAGUCCCAGAGAAAUUUCAAGUUAAUAACAUGUAUGAAGAUGCAAAAAUACUUGAAAAAGGAAUAUGUCACGUUUAUAGCUCACAUUAUGGAUAAAGGAAUUGAAGAGAAACGCAUCUAG